AUGACGCGGGUUCGCUCACCUCGACCGGCCGUCUUGCGCCACGGCGUGGGGGAGGUUGUCGGAAGCGGACUCGGUGGCGAUGGUCAAGCCUUUUACCACACAUUCGAUCAGUGCCUUGCAGAGAGAACCCAGCCGUUAGUUGUUCCGACUCCUCGGCGCCUGAAUUCGCCCCUUAAGUUUGCUGAUGUGGUAGCGACCGCCCGUGACCCGUUGGAUCGACAACUUCAACGGCCCUAUGGGUGUGAUUGUGGGCAUUGUGAAGGGAGUUGUGCAGACCUGCUACAUCGACUACGUUCCCUGCGACAUCGUCGCCAAGGGGAGUAUCUUGUGCAGCUGCGAGGUCGCCAGGAAAGGUGUAUGAAAAGAAUUUUAGAAUGUGUGAUGGCGGCGGAGCAGGCGCGCAGCGAGGCCGAGGGGGACGUGCUGCCGUGGACGGUGGCCGAGUUCUACCGCGGGCAGAGCGUGCUGCUGACGGGCGGCUCGGGCUUCGUGGGGCGCGUGCUGCUGGAGAAGCUGCUGUUCUACUGCCCCGACAUCGACACCGUCUACGUGCUGCUGCGCCCCCGCAAGGGGCUCUCGGUGCAGGAGCGCCUGCACAAGCUGCUCGACGUCCCGCUGUUCGACCGGGUGCGCGCGCAGCGGCCGGAGGCGUUGGGACGCCUGCAGGCGGUGGAGGGCGACUCGGCGCAGCCCAGCCUGGCGCUGGCGGAGGCGGACGCGCUCGUGCUGGCGGAGCGCGUGUCCGUGGUGUUCCACCUGGCGGCCAGCGUGCGCUUCGACGACCCGCUCAUCACGGCCGUGCGCACCAACGCGUGCGCCACGCGCGAACUGCUGGAGCUCGCCACGCGCAUGUCCAAGCUCAAGGAGAAGCUGUACCCGGCGGCGGGCGACUGGCGCUCCAUCCUGGCGCUGGUGGAGGCACAGGGCCAGAGCGACCCGUCGGCCCUGCGCGCGCUCACCACCAAGAUUCUGGGCCCUCACUGCAACACGUACACAUUCACAAAGAACCUGGCGGAGCACAUCGUGGACCACUACUCGGACCGCCUGCCCGUGGGCAUCGUAGCCCUUCAGUGGAGCGUGCUACUGACGGGCGGCUCGGGCUUCGUGGGGCGCGUGCUGCUGGAGAAGCUGCUGUUCUACUGCCCCGACAUCGACACCGUCUACGUGCUGCUGCGCCCCCGCAAGGGGCUCUCGGUGCAGGAGCGCCUGCACAAGCUGCUCGACCUGUUCGACCGGGUGCGAGCGCAGCGGCCGGAGGCGUUGGGACGCCUGCAGGCGGUGGAGGGCGACUCGGCGCAGCCCGGCCUGGCGCUGGCGGAGGCGGACGCGCGCGUGUUGGCGGAGCGCGUGUCCGUGGUGUUCCACCUGGCGGCCAGCGUGCGCUUCGACGACCCGCUCAUCACGGCCGUGCGCACCAACGCGUGCGCCACGCGCGACCUGCUGGAGCUCGCCACGCGCAUGACCAUGCUCAAGUGCGAGUUCGAGGAGAAGCUGUACCCGGCGGCGGGCGACUGGCGCUCCAUCCUGGCGCUGGUGGAGGCGCAGGGCCAGAGCGACCCGGUGGCCCUGCGCGCGCUCACCACCAAGAUUCUGGGUCCUUACUGCAACACGUACACAUACACAAAGAACCUCACGGAGCACAUCGUAGAUCACUACUCGGCCCGCCUGCCCGUGGGCAUCUUACGGCCGUCAGUGGUGGUGGCUACCGCCCGUGAUCCGUUCCCCGGUUGGAUCGACAACUUCUACGGCCCCAUGGGUUUGAUGGUGGGCUUUUUGAAGGGCGUGGUGCACACAUGCUACGCCGACCCCGACUGCUACAUCGACUACGUUCCCUGCGACAUCGUCGCAAAGGGAAUUGUCAUGUGCAGCUGCGAGGUCGCCAGGAAGGGCGGUGAUCGGCGACGCUGUGCUCUCCGCCACCGGCCGCAAACCCAUAUGGAGGAGCAGGCGCGCAGCGAGGCCGAGGGGGACGUGCUGCCGUGGACGGUGGCCGAGUUCUACCGCGGGCAGAGCGUGCUGCUGACGGGCGGCUCGGGCUUCGUGGGGCGCGUGCUGCUGGAGAAGCUGCUGUUCUACUGCCCCGACAUCGACACCGUCUACGUGCUGCUGCGCCCCCGCAAGGGGCUCUCGAAGAGGCUGCGGCCAGAGGACCGUGAGGGAUUCUGCUACCAAUUGGAGAACAUCAUACCUGAGGCCUUCUUCAGGGACGCGCUGCACGGCACGCGCCGCUACCUCAUGAAGGAACCCGACAGCAAUCUCCCGCAAGCCAUUCGCGCUUAUAAGAGAAUAACUUACCAAAAAUAUUGA